UGCCCCCUGAGCGGUGGGUCUCUAAAGCGCAUGCUUUUCCCCCUCAGGACCCCUGCCGCCCUGGCCUCCCGCGGCAACAGGCCCAGGAACCGGGCCCGGCGAGGGCAGGGAUGUGGCCACGGCCACACAGCAAGUUAAGGGCAGAGCUGGGACCGGCGCUCAGUUUUCUCAGUGGCCAGUCGCGUCCUUGCUUCUCUUGGCAGAGAUGGGUCUGUCUUGUCCCUAGGUGCCCUUGGCGGAGAUGAUGGGGCACAGUGGAGGACAGGCUCGGGGCAGAUGGGCCCGGGUUGGACUCCUGCGGCUCCACGGCGCGUUAGAGCUGGAAGGCAGCGGCCCUUGAAACAGUCCCUGGGAAGCUCCCUGUGCCGCGAGUCGCACUGGAAGUGCCUGCUGCUCACCCUGCUCAUCCAUGCCUGUGGCGCCGUGGUGGCCUGGUGUCGCCUGGCCACGGUGCCGCGGCUGGUCCUGGGGCCCGAGGCGGCGCUGGCCCGCGGGGCCGGGGGCCCGCCGCCCACCUACCCGGCCAGCCCUUGCUCCGACGGCUACCUGUACAUCCCGCUGGCCUUCGUGUCCCUCCUCUACCUCCUCUACCUGGCCGAGUGCUGGCACUGCCACGUGCGGUCGUGCCAGGCGCCGCGCACCGACGCCAACACCGUGCUCGCCCUGAUCCGCCGGCUGCAGCAGGCGCCGCCCUGCGUCUGGUGGAAGGCCACCAGCUACCACUACGUGCGGCGCACCCGCCAGAUCACCCGCUACCGCAACGGCGACGCCUACACCACCACGCAGGUCUACCACGAGCGGGCGGACAGCCGCACGGCCCGCGGCGAGUUUGACUACUCGGCCCACGGCGUCCGCGACGUCUCCAAGGAGCUCGUGGGCCUGGCCGACCACGCGGCCACGCGGCUGCGCUUCACCAAGUGCUUCAGCUUCGGCAGCGCCGAGGCCGAGGCCUCGUACCUCACCCAGAGGGCCCGCUUCUUCGGCGCCAACGAGGGCCUGGACGACUACCUGGAGGCCCGCGAGGGCAUGCACUUGAAGGACGUGGACUUCCGCGAGUCGCUCAUGGUCUUCGCGGACCCCCGCAGCCCGCCCUGGUACGCCCGCGCCUGGGUCUUCUGGCUGGUGUCUGCGGCCACGCUGUCCUGGCCGCUGCGCGUCGUGGCGGCUUACGGCACGGCCCACGUGCACUACCAGGUGGAGAAGCUCUUCGGCGCCGGCUCGCCCCCGCCCGGGGCCGUGCCCAGCGGGCCCCCGCUCUCCCGCGUGGCCACGGUGGACUUCACCGAGCUCGAGUGGCACAUCUGCUCCAACCGGCAGCUGGUGCCCAGCUACUCGGAGGCCGUGGUCAUGGGCGCCGGCGCCUACCUCCGCGGCUGCCAGCGCUGCCGUCGCUCCCUCAGCAGCAACUCGCUGCCGCCCGCCCGGCCCAGCGGGCCCCGCCUGCCUUUCAGCCGCAGCCGGCUCUCCCUGGGAGCCGGGGGCCGGGCCACCCCGGGGGUCUUCCGGAGCCUGAGCGGGGGGCCGCUGGGGCGCCGGGCGGAGGACACGGAGCCCCUGGAAAGCCCACCGUGUUACGAGGACGCCCUUUACUUCCCGGUGCUCAUCGUCCACGGCGACGGCGGCUGCCAGGGGGACGGGCAGGGUGCGCUCUGAGACCCGCACGGUCCCCGGUCC